CCCCCCCGGCCCGCCACGGCCGGUUGCCUUGACAGCCUCUCUAGCUGGUUGUCAAGCGCUCUCUGGUCGUUGUUCCGACAUGUCGUCGCUCGAGCAGAGACUCUCCCGCAUCGAGGGAGAAGUUGAAGCAGGAGAACAAGGAGGGGCGCGCCGGAGGAUCGAUCUCAGCAUCGACAUGAGUCCUCAGCGAUCCCGGCCGAGACCGAUUAUCGUCAUCCAGCUAAGCCCUGCUCCAGCCCCAUCCCAGCGCGCAGCUUUACAGCUCCCGCUGGCUAACGAUGGAGGCAGCAGGUCAUCCUCUUCGGAGAACUCGCCGCAGCACCACCCGCCAUCCAGUCGGCCGCGGCAGAUGUUGACGCUGCCCACGCCUCCGUAUGGCCUGCAGAAGAGCCUUGAGAAUGCGGAGAUUGACCAAAAACUCCAAGAGAUAAUGAAACAGACAGGCUACCUGAAAAUAGAUGGGCAGCGUUACCCAGCAGAAGUGAGUGACCUGCUGAAUGAAGGAGAAAUUGGCAGUGGGACGUGUGGACAGGUGUUUAAAGUCCGCUUCAAGAAAACUGGACAUGUAAUAGCCGUGAAGCAAAUGCGUCGUACCGGAAACAAGGAUGAGAAUAAGCGCAUCCUGAUGGAUUUGGAUGUAGUCUUGAAAAGCCAUGAUUGCCCCUAUAUCAUACAGUGUUAUGGAGCGAUUGUCACAAAUACGGAUGUAUUCAUAGCUAUGGAGUUAAUGGGGACGUGCGCCGAGAAGCUAAAGAAACGAAUCCAAGCCCCCAUUCCAGAGCGGAUUUUGGGGAAGAUGACAGUGGCGAUUGUAAAAGCCCUGUUGUACCUGAAAGAGAAGCACGGUGUAAUCCACAGAGACGUUAAACCUUCCAAUAUCUUAAUUGACGCCAAGGGCCAGAUUAAGCUUUGUGACUUUGGCAUCAGCGGGCGGCUGGUAGACUCCAAAGCCAAGACAAGAAGUGCUGGCUGUGCGGCCUACAUGGCGCCUGAAAGAAUAGACCCACCAGAUCCAACAAAACCAGAUUAUGACAUCCGCGCAGAUGUUUGGAGUCUAGGCAUAUCAUUGGUGGAACUGGCCACAGGACAAUUCCCCUACAAAAACUGCAAAACAGAUUUUGAAGUGUUGACCAAAGUUCUCCAAGAAGACCCUCCCCUCCUCCCUACUAGCAUGGGCUUCUCACUUGACUUCCAGUCCUUUGUCAAAGACUGCCUGACAAAGGAUCACAGAAAGAGACCAAAAUAUCUCAAAUUACUUGAGCACAACUUCAUCAGGCGCUAUGAGGUUCUGGAAGUGGAUGUGGCUGGCUGGUUUCAGGACAUCAUGGAGAAGACAGAAUCGCCACGCACCAGUCAGUGUUACAACCAGCACCAGCUGCUGUCAUUAUUCAGCAGGUAGCCUGGGGGCGCCAAAGAGCACCACCAGCCAGAACCGGGGCUGCUCAACACUCACACAGAGACAGAUUGGAGGCAAAUCAGUACAACAUUUAAAAAACGUUCUCAAUAAUUCAGUAUUUUCUUUUUUUUUUUUUUUUUACACUAGUUUAAUUAUUCACAAUAAGCUCCAAAUUGUGUGUUUCCCCAGGUUUAUUUCAAAAGAACUGCUUGGAUUUUAUUAUGUUUACUUUUUUUUUUAUCAAAUGUGUCAAGUUAAGCUUUAAGGGUCUAAAAUCUUAAUAGGUUUUGGGGAGAUUUGGAGCUUUUAUUUCUUUGGGGGGGCAGAUUUGGACCUUUUUUUUC